GCUCCCACAGCCGCCGCCGCGCCGUCAAUCAGCAGCCAUCGGGCCGGCCCACACGCAAGCCGCAAGCAUGCUGAUGAUGGGCACCGUCAGCGCACACUCGCCGCCGCCGUGGAGCAGCCGGCUGGCAGACGGCGUGAGGCACGCACUCGCAGCGCCGGCCGCGCCUGCCUCUCCACCACACGCAGCACCAUGGACAGCUCCUCCUCGCCCGAGCCGCCGAGCGGGCCCGCCAGCCGCGCUGUCGUGACGCCGCUCGUCGCCGCCGUGCUGGCCCGCUGCAACACGGCGCCGCACCUCUACACGACGCUGCCCGCCGGCGCUCCGGCGCUGCGCCGCGCCGCCUUUGCCGUGCGCCGCAUCGAGGACCGCAUCGCCCUCGGCCACGUCGUCAAGCUCGUGCAGAACGCCCAUGGCGGCGCGCUGAGCGAGUACGCGCUCGUCAGCAGCAUCGUCGACGCCGACGAGCCCGGCAUGCCCGCGCGCAUCUCCGGCCCUGUGCUCGUCGGCCAGGAGCGCACGCCGCUCGCGCCCGUCGGCCCGCUCGACGAGCUCUUCCGCACGGCGCGCGUCUGGCAUGGCCGGGCGUCGUCGGAGCACAUCAGCGGCCUCGUCGAGGGCGCGCGCCUGCGCUUUGCCUACGACGAACAGACGUGUGCGCUCGUGCCGCUCGACAAUGCAGUGGCCUCGCCCGAGAUCGAGCUGCACGAGCACGACUUCGUCUACAUCGACGCGCCGCUGCCGUCUGCAGACGCCGGCGAGGUGCUCGUCCACGCGCCGUGGCGCAUCGCGCAGAUCCGCAAGCUCAGCCGCAGCGGCGCGCACAAGGUGCAGCUCUUCGACCGCACCGCCGCCGUUGAUGGCUUCGAGGACGAGCAGCUGCUGAGCAAGGGCGCCAAGCAGGUGCUGCCGUCGGCGGCGUACAUCCGCGGCAAGUGCUGGGUCGAAAGUGCGCGCAGCAUGAAGGAGCGCGACCGUCUGCGUGGCCUGCCCGACGUCUUCUACGUCGCCGGCGACGUCAAGCAGUGCAUGCGCUGCCGCGACGAGCGCGAGAAGCGCCAGCACAUCGAGAGGCGUCUGAAGAAGCAUCGGCUCAAGGCGCUCGAUCUAUUUGCCGGCGCUGGCGGGCUCAGCACUGGCGCCGUGCUCAGCGGGCUUGCCAAGUGCAAAUGGGCCAACGACUUCGACUCCAGCGCCGCUGCAACGUUCUCGUCGCUGCACAACAAGGUCAUCAUUGACACACGCGACUGCAACGUGGUGCUGCGCGACAUCAUCGAGGGCCGCGCGCCGCCGCACAUGCCUGAUCCCGCAGAGGGCCUCGUCGACGUGAUCACGGCGGGCCCGCCCUGCCAGGGCGAGUGCUUUCCUCUUCUCGCACUCGUCUGCAUGGCUGACCCACUCGCAGGCUUCUCGCGCGCCAAUAUGGCCACGAACAACAAGUCGAGGCCGAUGGAUCCGCGCAACAUGCUCGUCGCCACGACGCUCGCCUUCAUCGACGUCUACCGGCCGCGCUUCGUCGUUCUCGAGAACGUCGGAGGCCUCGUGGAUCCCGCAAAUGGCAAGCUCGGCGACGUCGACGUCUCGCAGGGCUUCCUGAAGAUGAUCUUGACGAGCUUUUGCGAGAUGGGCUACGGCGUGCGAGCGCAUAUUGCUCAGGCGGUCGAGUACGGCGUAGCACAGUCUCGUCCGCGCAUCAUCUUCCUUGCCGCACGGAGCGGCGAGCCGCUGCCCGACUUUCCGCUCCAGACGCAUGCCGGCUUCAAGAAGGCAACGCCCAAGCAGUUCAAGGUCGAGGGCUGUGACGCGCGCAUCACAACCUGCCGCUGCGUCAACGGCGCGCCGCUGCCCGCAGUCACAGCCGGCGCAGUGCUCAGCGACCUGCCAAUGUUUGACUGGAUGAGCAGCUGCGAGCAGAGACCUUGCGCUGCGGCGCUGAGCAUCACACAGGCCGAUCCGCACGUCAUCUAUCCCGACAAGAAUGACGAGCACGACCGCUGGCGUCGUGAGCGAGCCAAGAUCAUCCCGUCGUUUGAGGUGCCCAAGCGCGGCGAGAGCGACGUCGACCGCAUUGGCCCGCAGAGCCCGUGCGCCUACCGCUGCCAGCCUCGCACGUCGCACCAGCUCGCGCUCCGACAGCUCGUCCCGGGCUCGGCGAUCAGCAGCAGCGCGUACAAGCAGCAAGUUACGCAGCAUCAGACGACGGUGCUCUCGCUCGACGCCUCGGAGCGCGUGUGCAACGUCAAGCUUGCGCCCAACGCCAACUACGACACGUGGCCGCCGUCGAAGCCGAAGCUUGCCUCAUGGGGCUACAGCUCUCUUGCCGCGGCGUCCGCUCGCAAGAACUCGGCCUAUCCGAAGGCGUAUCUCCGUGCGGACCCCGCCGGCGCGCUGCAGAUCUCGAUGGCGCGCAUGGAUCCCGGCUCGAAGAGCGGCGGGAACCUGCACUGGGACCAGUACCGCCUGCUGACCGUGCGCGAGGUCGCCCGUGCUCAAGGUUUCCCGGACGGCGUGCACUUUGCGACGGAGCACGGCUUUGGCGAUGCGAUCCGUCAGGUCGGCAAUGCUGUGCCCGUGCCUCUUGCGCGGGCAGUCUUCCGGUCUAUCCUGCGAGCGCUCGUGGACCGAGAGCUUGCGACAGAAGAUGAGGGAGAGACGGCAUCGGCGAAGCGGCGGCGCGUGGAUGAAUGAGAUUGAGCCUUGACGUUC